GCUAUACGCGUUGCAAGUAAGUCACAAACGUAUAGAUAUUAAUACAACUUUAGUUUCAGCAAGCAUUAAAGAUGCAACUGUCAUUUCUAUCAUUGGUUCUUGCCACAAUUUUUGUCAUGACGAUCAUAUACGCACCCGUGGAAGCAAACGCCGAUGCUGAUCCAGUGGGCGGAGUAAUUGACACGAUCGAGGCCCAGAUCAAGGAUAAAUUGCCAGAGCUAGCAAAACUUUUGGGAAUAAAGUAGUUGCAUUUUUCGUGGAAUAAAGAUGAACACUCGGAUGAAACUCACAACGGAAAAACUGGGAAAAUGAUUGCAAUAAAAAUGUAACUUUACAACGUAUGCAUAUAAACAAUAUAAUUUAUAUUUUCAAACAAAAAAUUAUAUCUGUCUCUGUUAUAUUUGUUUGUUUUAUUAUUAUAUAGUAAACAACAAGCAUACAUGAUUGGCAUAUUGUGUUUUAUUCAUACAAGUUUAAUGACAUUUUAUUCUUAUUAUAAUUUGUGAUCUUCUGUACGUUAAAUUUGGGUAAUAAAAAUAAUAUUCAGACAA